AAUAAUGUCCAAUAAAGGACAAAUUCAGGUCAUUUUUGGGCCAAUGUUUUCUGGAAAGUCGACAGAAUUAAUUAGAAGAGUGAGACGCUUGGCAAUUGCGCAGUCAUCCUGUUUGGUGAUAAAGUAUGCAAAAGAUACUCGGUAUGAAAAAGAAAUGCUAGCAACUCACGACAAUAGCACAAUGGCGGCUGUCGCGGUCACCAAACUGAGCGAAAUCGAAAAGUUAUCCAAAAGUUUCUCUGUUAUUGGAAUUGACGAAGGUCAGUUUUUCGACGACAUCGUUAGCUUUUGUGAGAAGUCUGCGAAUGCAGGAAAGACCGUUAUAGUCGCAGCGUUAGACGGGGACUUCCUGCGACAUGGAUUCAACGACAUUCUUAACCUGGUACCGCUAGCCGAAAGUGUCAUCAAACUUAACUCAGUGUGCAUGUUGUGUUAUGGCGACGCUUCUUUUACUAAAAGAAUCGGAACAGAAAUGACGCUUGAGGUUAUAGGAGGCAGCGACAAAUAUAUCGCUGCUUGUAGAUCAUGUCAUUCGAAGCAACUGCUUUCUCCUUUAACGCCUAGUGUAAUGAUUAAUGGAAAUCACACGCAGUUAAGAGAUUGCGUUUUGUUAAAUAAAGCUGACUUUGUCAAAAAUUUAUCAGAAAAUAAGGAGAACAUCCGAAAAACCGAAUCAAAUAGUUUAAGCUGAAAUUUGUAUUGAAGUCAUGUUGUUUGAAGUUUGUGCAGUUAUGUUGUUUGAAUUUUGCUUAC